CAGUCCUUCUAGGUAUCAAAGGCAGCUCCUAACAUAAUCAUAAUGUGAAGGAACACAAAUAAAAAAGCGACUCCGAGUUGGUUUUGACAAACCUCCAACAUCACCGAGAUUUUAGCAACAUUGUUCAACUACUUAGAUAGUGUUCUUGAUGAGAGGUUGAAGUAGUUAGUAGAAACACGAAGAGCAUCAAGAUGUUGUUCCGACGUUCUAGUUUCGUUUGGGUUUGCCAUCUGGUAGCCUUGCUGCCACGCGCAUUCGCUGAUUCGUUCACAGCAGAUGCUGACUUCCUCGAUUCCAACAACACUGCUGGAAAUGAAACGAUGUCGUUCAUCGAAAGCAUGCCGUUCGCUGGAGGAGGUAUUACAGCCGUCCCGAGACUCGCCUUGCCCUUGUCCGAGGUGGAAAGAACUGGAACAGCACCAGGUGACUCGCAAAAUGCAGAGACAGACAGGACUUCCAAUCGACCACCAUUGAACAGUCAAGGAUCACUAUCAACGCCACCAAGACAUCAAGGAGGAGCACUAACAGAGAGGGGCACGACACCAACUUCAGGACAGGCCGCGAGUUCGACUAUGGGUCCUCUAGAUAGGCCGUUGCUCAAAAAAGGAGCAGGAAAAAACGAGCCAAGGUUAAGGGUUAGACCAUUGCACUAUACCUCCGAGCCAUCCUUGUAGUUGCCGUCUGUAAAUAGGUGGAACGAGGACGUCAGGGGUGGAGCUUAGGAGUGCAAUGACGUAACCUCUAAGAUGAGUAGAGGCGGAGAUUUUGACGGCGCUAACAGAGAAUAAGAUGCUCUGUCCCCUAGCGAAACUGUUACGAACUAUCAGCACGCAACUGCUACAGAAAACAAAUAUGUAAGUAUUUUCGAAGGUAAAAAUGAUGGUAAUCAACUUACUUUACUCUAAUUACGACUAACAAAUGACUCGGACGAAGACGAUGAUGGAUUAGUUUAAGUGUUUUAGAAAAACACACACGCACUCUAGCGGGCAGUCUCACUGAUGCCCUCUACUGGAAGGAUGAUAUCUGACUUACAGUGUCACGACACAAGAUAAAUGAUCGCGAUUUUUUCUGAAGAAUGCGGGACCCGGACCCCAGCUCCACUCUCUAACAAGAAGACCCGUAUCACAAACAGAAACGAUAGAAGAUUUUAAUAAGGGCUGUUUUCCUGAAACGGAGACUAAUGAUGUGACUUCCUCUGUGACUGCCCUGCCGCAAACAAUUUCUGAAAGCUUGUCCAGAAAAAUGGGAGAGAUCAUUUUAAGGCUGGUUCUCUCGCUGUCUCUAAACUGAAAAAAGAUGAGGCCAUUGCCAUUUACUCCUACAUACAAGGACGAAGCUUGCCACCAACAUAAUUGUGUCAAGGUGACGUCGAAGGAAGCGUCUUCAUUUUUUUGGCGAAAGAAUUUGAUUUUCUAACAGUCGCCGGGGGGAUUGCGAGCAUGCGCGCAGGGGAUUUUGCUGUUGCGAUCUCACCUGAGGUAGAAACAGAUAAAGAACUACACGGUUGCUUUAUCACUUUCCUUUACAUACUGGCACGACGGACUGACACUGAUUCCGCAUAUUCAGACGAUAGAAAAGUGAAAUAGGGGCAGUAGCGACCCUGCAAUUAGAAAAUGACAUUGAAUGAACGAAGUCCGACCAGUGCUGGCGAGAGAAUCAUAUUGACAUUGAAGUCCUCGUCACGGCCACGCGCAGCCGCGAAUCGAUCUCCCGACCCCCUGCGCUUUCUCUCAGCGAACUGCUCCUUGGGCGAUUUAAAUUUUUGCCCUUUCCUGCGAUUUUCACUGCCUACCCAUCUUCUCGCUUGCCUUCUUUUGCUCUUCUCGCGAGCUACGUUGUUGAACGAAGUUCUCGCGUAUCCGCGUUUUCGAACAGAACGCGGCGCAAGGGUGACCUCGUAUAAAGCCUUGACGCGCGUCCCUCUUCUUUUUGUUGCUGGGGUCCAACUUUUAAUUCGAUCCACGAAGCGCCAUUACAAGCGGGGAAAACAACUGUUCGUUGAAAACAGUGCACUCAACGCCGCACCUUUUGUUGAAGAUUCUACACUUCUCAAAUAACAGCGUCACAUUAUACGCAAAUUUGCUCUUGUAAUUGACGAGUAACUACUAUCACGCGCGUAUAAUCUAAAUCUUCUACUCCUCCCAAAAUGGUUCUAUUAUUAUGACCUACUGAGCAAUAAUCUGACUUUGUACAGAUUGAUGGCCAACCUCAAAGCAAUGAACAAAUGGAAGCUCUGGCGCGAGAAGAUUACUGCAACAACGGACUCUCCACCUCUCGUUUUUUUCGAUUGCCUUUUCCAGAAUCUUCGCAUAACGACCUGGAGGGCUAUGAUCGACCUCUACUACUGGAGUCAUUGACCAAACAUUUGAUAGAAUCCUACUUUUUUCUUAACAGCUUUAGCAUCACUGAGAAUCUCAUCGCUCGCCCCGUUUGGAGCACGCUUUGGCAAAAUUUUGAGAAAACUGUCCAAACGAGGCGACAGGUGGACAAGAAUCGUUCCACUCCAUAGCUCGAUGUUAUCCUCUACUUCUAAGAUAAUCUGUUCUCUGGAAAAUCCGCGACGUUCCAGGUCGACACGACUUCGGCUGAGGCUUACGCCAAAGUCAUGCGCAAGUCCAGGAAAACUAGUGAUAAGGGACCGCAGCAAAAGUACAGGAUGUAUUUGUAUGGGCAAGUAGCUGAGUGCGGAACGCCGCCGGCUAUCGACAAGGGGAAUUUAGAAGACGUGAAAAAGAAAGAGGAAUUGCCAUUAUACUACGUCAAGGCGAAGGUUUUGAUCAGCCUGGUGGAGGCCGCUGCGGUACUACUAGAGCCAAUACCAUUGACAAGAGAAGAAAAAAACUCAGAAGAUUAUUAGAACCAUGUACAUGUUGAUGAAUGAAGUGGCGAGGGCAAGUCAUCGUUGAGAAUGGAUUUGUGAUGUAUCUCCAAAAUUCAUUCUCGCAAAUUGUCAAACGGAAACCACGUCUAGAAAACUAAUACAAGACAGACGAGAGACGGCACGCACACCCCAGUCACAUGUUUCUUAUCACUAUCAGUGCCCUUUUCCGCGUCCCUAACUCUAACAGUUUUCGUGUUGUAAUCAUCACGAUGACUGUGAUGAUAACGAAUUACCCACACUUCUUCUACCUCAUUUUGGUUUCCGCGUUCGAUACGAAUACAACGUCACUAUACUUUUUACCACUACCUCCUGCUCCACCUCAACAGGCGCAAAGCGGCACCACAAGAGCGAAGACAGACCAGAAUGGCGACACUCCUCCUGUUGCUUCUUUAUGGCAAGAAAUCGAUAGACAUAGACAUUUGCUUGCCGUCUUCGGGAGAUGAUGAAAACCGCUGCCCUUGCAUUUGUGCUUUUAGCAUUAAUAAGGUGGAAUUGGAAAAAAUGUAUAUCGUCACAACUUUGAACCUGAGAUCUCAAUCUCUAAGCUUCCAGCAACAGACCGACUACGAGCUCACACGAGUAUUCUACUUCGCUGCGCUACCACCUAUACCCGAAUCACGCCGUAUGAAGCUCUUCGAUAGCGAAGGGAGAGGUCACCUCGUUUGGCUCAUCCAAUACGGCGUGGCUUUCGAUUUUCAGAACCUGCUUUCGAAGUUUUACUGCGACAUUAGGGUGCCAACGCCUCCAUCUGCAGGUAAUGAUGCGUUUAGAGGAUCGCCCAGACAGUAUGUAGCAGCAGCACCACCUAGUCCCGACGGCAGCACGAGAAUAUGCGGGCCGAAGAAUGUGUUCCACCCUGACAAAACAGUAAAGAGGAAACCGGCAGAGCCACGCCCACUUCCAGCAGCUGGGAAGACCUCCUUCGCAUCUCUCCGGUCUACUGAUCUUCUCGUUGAAACUGGGGAACAGCAAGGUGAAGAGGACGUUUAUGAUCACAACGCAUAUGAGUAGUCACCAUCCUUAUAUAUAAUAUAAAUAUCUUUAUCUUCUACUUCUUAUGCUUAAUAUUAUACAACAGCUUCAUCUUCUAAUAGAAGCAAGAACUUGAACACAUACUCCAUGUUUUAGCAGUUUCUUUUUCUUUCCAAAGGAAAAGCGCAGGUUGCAAUCACAUUCGUGCGAAAAUAUUCUAAGUAUUUUCAGUAUUAUAUCAUGUUGCCGCUGUGAAGCUUUCUGUCAUUAUGCAUCCCCAUAAAGAAAAUGAUUUGAUUCUUCCUGGGAUCUCCCUUUUUUUCCGUUCAUGUGAAGAACGAAGGCAGCGAAUCCGGACGCGAAGAAGCGACUGCGCCAAUGAAGGGCAUAGGUGUUGUUCACGAGGAGACGAGUGGCCGCACAGCUGCGCAGGAUCAAGAUGCUGAGGACAAUUUAUGUUUAUCUUCUUCUUCUUUACAGUAGACACGGAAGGAGUAAAUUUUCUGUGUUAUCGUUUCCCUCUUAGAAGGUCCACUAACAAUUAUGAACUUCUCUAUCUCUGCUCUAGUCCUUUUCUUUUUAGGUUCUGCGUCUGAGAAUAGAUGAAUCACUCUCCGAAGUAGAUCUUCGCAGACUAGUUGUGGUGAUCUCUAACAAACGCUGACGAGACAGCGUUUUCAGGUCUAGACGGUCCGGAUUUCGAGACGCAGAUGCAAGCAAGCCUAUUAGAGCAGCAUGGAAUCUACAACCAAGAUGCAGACAGAGCUUGUUAUGUCAAUACAAGAAGAAGAAUACCAAUGUACUUACGCUUCUUGAGUACAUUAAAAAUAUGUAGACUAAAGCAAUUUUUUCAGGUAUCGAACUAUAGUUGCUUUGGUAUAUUUCUUAUGUAGAAGCAUAUUAUCCGACACAACAACAACACAUCAUCUUCAAGUAUAUUUAUAUUAUUUUUACGAAAAAAAGAAGUGCUUCUAAUCUUUGCACGACAUCUCCUCGGCCUUUGCAGCGGUCUACCAAGAGGCUCAGCUUGCGGAUUUUGGGACUUGGAUUCCGAUUUUUGUUGUCGUGGGUACAUUUGCCUUGCUCCUCCGACGCAUGCAGGGCAAUCGCGGAGAAGCCCAUCUUUAUGGAGACAGAGAUAAAGAAACAGGAGAAACUACUGGUCUCUAAAUCAUUAACAUCCUCCUGAAAAAAAAUUCAAUUAUAGUUUCCUGCUAAAGUUAAUAGUACUGCUACUGGUACACAAACACUGUAGUUGAGUCUCGAAACUACAGAAAUGAGCUACGCCGGUCAUCAUGAUGGGGCUGGCGUCUUUUCAGGGCUUUCUUCUACUACCAUAUUCUAGAAGAUAUUGCUCUAAUGAAUGUAGCUGGCGCAGCUACCUCUGUGACUUUGCAGCAGCAUUAGGAAAAGUGAAAUUAAAGAAAGGAAGAGGUUGAGGACUGAUGAGAACGAAGGAGGAUGAUCGAACUGCAGCACGAUGUGGUGAUAGAAUCUGCUUUUCAUGACAAGAUUAGUUCUACAACUUUUGGCAUGUUGACUACUUCUCAGUAGUCAGUGAAAUUAAAUGGUCCACGCAGGCCUUGAGCAUGAGCUGCUUCUUGACCUACUUUUUUAUUCGAAGAAAGAAUAGAACACCAUCCUCACUCUAUGAAGAAGUGGGGAUCGAAAUCAUGUGGAUACAGAGCGCAUGCGCAUUGAUGACGAUGUAGAACGGAACAAGAGAAGUUUAGAAUGUGAAGUUUGAACAAUUCUUACUUCAAUGUACUAAGAACGAAUUUUUGCCGCUCCUGUGCUGUGAUUAUUCUACUGAAACAUAAACAAUCCUUAUGAAACAAGUUGUAGAAGCAAUUAAGAACAAGAUGAAUUUGAGUAUCUUCAAACGUUACCCUCAGGAUGAAUCGGCAUUUGAAUAACCGUCCUAGCGAUGAGAUAGCCCUCGCAUAACUGGCUGACAACCGCAAAAAGCUGCUUUCGUCUUUUGUGUGUCCCCUAAAGACGGGGGCCAGAGGUGUAACACGUGUAACGGUUGCACCAAGGAAGAUCAAAUUUGAUUUUUUG